AUGAUCACGGGAAGGACUGAUGGCGAAGGUGGUGUUGACUCGUCAAUUGGUGGCUCAAUUGUUACAUCAGGUGGUGAAAGUUCAGGUGUAGAUUGGUCAGGCGGUGAUGGAAUCAGUGGCUGUCCAAUGACUAUAUCCGGUGGGAAAUUGUCUAUCGGUGGAGGAACUAAUGAAGGGAUAACUUGUGUGGGUGGUGGAGUUCCGGUGAAUAUAUCCGGCGGUGGAAAUUGUGCAGCCGGCGGCGUUAUUGUUGACCGGUCUAAUGGCGGAGGAAGGAGGAAAACUGGUGAUGGUGGAGGUGACCCGGUCGUUACAUCAGGCGGUGAAAACCAUGUCAUUGGUGGCAUAGGCGGGACGUCCGGAACCAACGGUGGAGGAGGUGUACCGAAAGUUCCCGGGGCACCGGCGCCUAAAAGAGGAGGAGGAGGUGUACUGGUUGAUCCGGGAGCUCCGCCACCUAAAAAAGGAGGAGGAGGUGAAAUUGUAGUUCCUGGAACUCCACCACCUAAAAGAGGAGGAGGAGGUGAAAAGGUGGUUCCCGGAGCUCCCCCACCUAAAAGAGGAGGAGGAGGUGAACCGAAGAUUCCCGGAGCACCGCCGCCUAAAAGAGGAGGAGGAGGUGAAAUGGUGGUUCCCGGAGCUCCCCCACCUAAAAGAGGAGGAGGAGGUGAGCCGAAGAUUCCCGGAGCACCCCGCCUAAAAGAGGAGGAGGAGGUGAACCGAAGAUUCCCGGAGCACCGCCGCCUAAUAGAGGAGGAGGAGGUGAACCGAUGA